GAACUGUCAAGCUAAAUAUGUCGUUUUUUUCUCAAGGAUUUUUUACAUUCUCUUUGAAAAAAGGUGAUGGAGAUAUAAAUAAAAAGACUUCAGAAAUAGAAAAAUGUCUUCAUUGGUGUGCUCUUAUUCAAUUACAUAAAUUUAUUAAAAGCUAACUUGUAUUAUGGUGUAUAUGAUAACCUAUUUGUAUUACAAUAUUGUAUGGAAAAUGUAGAUUUGACACGUAUCAGGUGCCUGUGCCAGCAGAAUGUUCAACAAUCAGUGACCUGGUGCUUUUAGAGCUUAGGUGUUGUACGUAUCGGACGCCAUGGGAGCUAUCAACAGGGAUUCGACACAGCGGGAAGCGCUAGUGGUCGUGGGUUUAUGCUUGGCCUGGUACGCGACCAGUUCCGCCAGCAAUGUGGCCGGAAAGGUGGUGCUGACAGACUUCCCGUAUCCUAUGACUGUGACCAUGGUGCAGCUGCUAUCCAUCGUCGUGUACAGUCCGCCAGCGUUCGCAGCGUGCCGGGUGCGCCGCGAGACGGAGUUCCCGCGUCGCUACUACUGGCGCACACUGGUGCCUCUCGCCUUUGCCAAGUUUCUCACCACGGUCUGCUCUCAAGUCUCCAUAUGGAAAGUUCCGAUUUCAUAUGCUCACACAGUGAAGGCGACGACGCCGCUGUGGACGGCGGGGCUGGCGCGCGUCCUGUUCGGCGAGCGCCAGACGCGCGGGGUGCAGGCGGCGCUGGUGACCAUCGCGGCGGGCGUGGGGGUGGCGAGCGCCACGGAGCUGCACUUCGACGCGCUCGGACUGUUCGCCGCGCUCGCCGCCGCCGCGCUGCUCAGCCUGCAGCACCUCUACUCCAAGCGCGUCAUGCGUGACACCGGCGUGCACCACCUGCGACUGCUGCAGGCGUUGGGGCGUCUGGCGCUGGUGCUGUUCCUACCGGCGUGGGCGUGGGCCGACGGAGCCGCGCUCUGGGCCGGCGCAGCCCCCGCGCAGGGCUGGCGGACCGGCGGAGCCCUGCUGGCCGCUGACGGAGCCCUAGCCUGGCUGCAGGCCGUCCUGGCGUUCAGCGUGUUGUCGCGCGUGUCGCCGCUGGCAUACGCGGUGGCGUCGGCGGCCAAGCGCGCGGCCGUGGUGGGCGCCUCGCUGCUGGUGCUGCGCAACCCCGCCUCGCCCCUCAACCUGGCCGGCAUGGCGCUCGCCGGCCUCGGGGUGCUCGCAUACAACCGCGCCAAGAUCCACGCGAGCGGCCACUGUCUCCCCCUCCCCGUGUGAAUCGUGCCACCGGACCGACUCCUGAUCGGGAUUCGGGAGUUGUUGCGCGGUGGAUUUAGUAUAAUUUUAUAUUUGUAGCGACCGCGCUUAAGGAAAUAUUUUUUUGUGAAUAUAGUAUUAUUUAUUGUUUUAA